AUGACUCUUCUCACCGUGUUUCAUUUUCCUCCUCCAGCUUACGUUCCCGAGGAAGAGCUGAAGGCGGCCGAGAUCGAUGAAGGCAGCGGGGAGCAGGCCGGGCUGUCUCUGGACGUCCAGGAAGGCGACUACGUGUGCAAUGACGGGGCAGAGGCCAAGGAGGCCCCGAGCUACCAGAGCUCGCCCGGCAGCUCGGCCACGAACCAGGACGCCGGCUACGGCUCGCCCCUCAGCGAGAGCAGCGACCAGCUGGCCCGCUUCAAGGGCGCCUCCUGCCGAGACGAGAAGGAGGAGCCGCCGGGGCCGGACAGCGUGUCCUACCCGCAGGACAGCCUGGCGCAGAUCAAGGCCGUGUACGCGAACCUGUUCUCCGAGUCCUGCUGGUCCAGCUUAGCUCUGGACUUGAAGAAGUCGGGUGCCGCCACCAGCAGCGCCGAUGUCGGCCAGAAGGACAGUGCCACCCCGACGCCCAACUGCAGCGCGGCCUACGACACACUGGUGGAGCUGACGGUGCACAUGAACGAGACCGGCCACUACCGCGACGACAACCGGGACAAGGACGCCGAGAAGACCCGGCGCUGGUCCAAGCCGCGCAAGCGCUCCCUGCUGGAGAUGGAGGGCAAGGAGGACGCGCAGAAGGUGCUCAAGUGCAUGUACUGCGGCCACUCGUUCGAGUCGCUGCAGGACCUGAGCGUGCACAUGAUCAAGACGAAACACUACCAGAAAGUGCCUCUCAAGGAGCCCGUCCCCGCCAUCGCCAAGCUGGUCCCGUCCACGAAGAAGCGCGCGCUCCAGGACCUGGCGUCGCCGUGCUCCCCGGAGCCCGCCGGCCUCGCCGCCGAGGCGGCGCUGAGCGAGUCGGCCAAGGACCAGAAGGCCGCCAACCCCUACGUGACGCCCAACAACCGCUACGGCUACCAGAACGGGGCCAGCUACACCUGGCAGUUCGAGGCCCGCAAGGCGCAGAUCCUCAAGUGCAUGGAGUGCGGCAGCUCCCACGACACCCUGCAGCAGCUCACCGCCCACAUGAUGGUCACCGGCCACUUCCUGAAGGUCACCACCUCCGCCUCCAAGAAGGGGAAGCAGCUGGUGCUGGACCCGGUGGUGGAGGAGAAGAUCCAGUCCAUCCCCCUGCCCCCCACCACGCACACCCGCAUCCCCGCCGCCCACGUCAAAAAGCAGCCGGACUCGCCGGCGGGGUCCACCGCCUCGGAGGAGAAGAGGGAGCCCGAGAAGGAGAAGGCGCCGGCGGCCGGCGACGCGGACCGGCGGAUCAAGGAGGAGGGCGAGGAUGCGCCCGAGCGGGUGGAGCCCGCGGCCCUCUACCAGUACCUCCGCGAGGAGGACCUGGACGACGGCCCCAAGGGCGGGGUGGACAUCCUGAAGUCGCUGGAGAACACGGUCUCCACGGCCAUCAGCAAGGCCCAGAACGGCGCACCCUCGUGGGGCGGCUACCCCAGCAUCCACGCGGCCUACCAGCUGCCGGGCACCGUGAAGCCGCUGCCCACCGUGCAGAGCGUGCAGAUGCAGCCGACCUACGCCGGCGGCGUGAAGCCGCUGUCCUCGGAGCACAGCGCGCUGCUGCACGCGCCCGGCAGCCUCACGCCGCCGCCCCACAAGAGCAACGUGUCGGCCAUGGAGGAGCUGGUGGAGAAGGUCACGGGCAAGGUCAGCGUGAAGGAGGAGGACAGGCUGGCGGAGAAGAGGAAGGGCUCGCCGGCCAAGGCCGUGUCCCCCGUGGCCAAGGAGAACAAAGACUUCCCCAGGACGGAGGACGUCGGCGGCAAAGCCCAGCCGAAGACGGGCCCCGAGGCGGAGGCCGGCAAGGCCAAAAAGGACGGCGUGGUGGACGCCCACACCCCCAACGGCACCGAGCCGCUCAAGGCCAAAGUCACCAACGGCUGUAACAACCUGGGCAUCAUCACGGACCACUCGCCGGAGCCCUCGUUCAUCAGCCCGCUGAGUGCUCUGCAGUCCAUCAUGAACACGCACCUGGGCAAGGUGUCCAAGCCCGUGAGCCCGGCGCUGGACCCGCUGGCCAUGCUGUACAAGAUCAGCAACAGCGUGCUGGACAAGCCCGUGUGUCCCGCCACCCCCGCCAAGCAGGCCGGCGCCAUCGACCGGUACUACUACGAGCACAGCGACCAGCCCAUCGACCUGACCAAGGCCAAGAGCAAGCCCCUGCUGCCCGCCGCCGACUCGGUCUCGCCGCCCCUGCGAGAGAGCGCGCUCAUGGACAUCUCGGACAUGGUGAAGAACCUGACGGGCCGGCUGACCCCCAAGUCCUCCACGCCCUCCACCGUGUCCGAGAAGUCGGACGCUGACGGCAGCAGCUUCGAGGAGGCGCUGGACGAGCUGUCGCCCGUCCACAAGCGGAAGGGCCGGCAGUCCAACUGGAACCCGCAGCACCUGCUCAUCCUUCAGGCGCAGUUCGCCUCCAGCCUGCGGGAGACCGCCGAGGGCAAGUACAUCAUGGCGGACCUGGGCCCCCAGGAGCGCGUGCACAUCUCCAAGUUCACGGGGCUCUCCAUGACCACCAUCAGCCACUGGCUGGCCAACGUCAAGUACCAGCUGAGGAGGACAGGGGGGACGAAGUUCCUGAAGAACCUGGACACGGGCCACCCCGUGUUCUUUUGCAACGAUUGUGCCUCUCAGUUCAGGACUGCUUCCACGUACAUAAAUCACCUCGAGACGCACUUGGGCUUCAGCUUGAAGGACCUCUCCAAGCUGCCCCUCAACCAGAUCCAGGAACAGCAGAAUGUUUCGAAAGUCCUGGCCAGCAAGGGCUUGGGCCCGGCGGGGGCCGCCGAGGACGACCUGGGCUCCACAUUCCAGUGCAAGCUGUGCAACCGGACCUUUGCGAGCAAGCACGCAGUCAAACUGCACCUCAGCAAGACCCACGGCAAGUCCCCGGAGGACCACCUCAUCUACGUGACGGAGCUGGAGAAGCAGUAGCGUCCGGCCGCGCAGGGCCCGCGGCUUCGCACCGAGCAUCGCCUUCGCCCUGCACGAGGCCCGGCCUGAGCCUCCGAAAUCAGCCUGUCCUUCGUCGCCGAACUGCCUGUCUGGGCCUUGGUUUUUCUUACACAUAUUUUGUAGUUAUAUUUAUAUGCUCUUUGUCUGAUCGUGCAUGUUAUUUUUCUUUUUCCGUGAGUCAAAGUCUGACCUUUAUUUUCAACAUCUGUUCUUGAUGUUAAGCUAUCUUUUGUAGGGAAUAGUGGGGCCGCACUACUCAGAGACAUUUACUUAGCAGGAAAGAAAGACACAAAUAACAAUGACAAAAAGACAUCCUAAAAUUACAAAGUUGCCAUGACAAUAAAGGUCACAGAACCUAGUAGUGUCAGAUUUAACCCUGUGAGGACUGCAAUCGCAUCUCUGUGCCUUUCACUCAAAAAUAAAAAAAAAAAAAAGAGAGAGAGAAACAGGACAAAAAGGCUUCAAGGCAUUUCAUUCAGAUCAAAAGCCGUGUCAGACGCAAAACUUACUUAAUCAUUAAAAGUGAGCGUUUCCGCGCAUCCUGGUUGGCGGGAGGCACGCGUGCCGCCGCUGAGGACACGGCCUUGCCCGGGACUCGCCGCGUUAGGAAGCCACUUCACACGUCUAAAACAAAACAAAAACAAAACAAAACGACCACAAAAAACUAACAAUAGCAGACACCCCAGUUGCCACUAUGCCCAAACCCUCUGGAUGCCGAAAAAAAAAAAAAAUGCCACUUUUGGCACAAAAAGUAUGCAAGCUAUUAUUUAAAAAUGUGUAAAAAUGCUAUUUCUUUUUCUCCUGUAAAAUACUGCGGUUUAUAGUUAUUUACAAAUGUAAGCUUUGGUACAAGCUGACCUUUCUAUAGCGUGCUGCACUGGUAAAUGAAAAAAAAAAAAACAAAAAAACGGGCAAAUGUUGGAGUUCUUUCCUUGUAAAUUGCCAGCAUCAGCUUAAAAACUCCCGUAUGUUACAUAUCGUACCAUUGAAAUCUAUUCCACUUUCUUCGUACCUUCUGGCUGUUUGCUUUCUCUUUUAACUUUUUAUAUUGUCAUUUUAUAUUAAAUUUCUGUGUAUAUACUGUAAAACCACAAUUUUUGAAUAAAAUUUAGUUCCUGCAGCUUGAUUUAAAUAGAGAAAUUUUACUGGCACUUGCAUCUUUCCAGAUGCAUGUAUAUCAAACAAAAAUAAAUAAAUGAAAACAAAGCAAGCGAUGCACUAUUAAUUAUACAUCUUGGUGUUCUGUCAUUAAUAUUGUAAGGUACAUUUGGGUUCCCACAAUUAAGUCCACUGUUUUCUCAACUGUAAAAUAAAUCCACACGCGGUUCUUGAUUUA